AUGACUGUUGAGCUCGAAGGCAUCGGGCUGAGCCUUAUAGAUUCAACUCCUGAGGAGCUACUAUACGCUUCAACUCGGCACAUAGUGUUGUCGGUGAAAAUGGCUGGAAAUCCGAGUACUGACUCAACCGUUCAGCUGAGUAUUGAUAAUGUGCAAGUCGACAACCAUGUGAAAGGCGGGUAUUUCAAAACACUACUGCAUACGAAGACAUCAAAUUUGAAUCGACAACGCGCUGAGGAUCUGCUGCCUAUCUCGCCUGAGCCGAGCUUCCAGGUUGGUGUAGUUCUCAUGGCGGGAAAUGAGUGGAGGAACAUACGGGAGAUUCGCAGUCUUAAUGUGACCCUGCAACCGUUGGUGAUCAAUGUUGAUCAGAAAUCAUUCGUUCGAAUGCUGAGGUUUAUGAUGGAGUUAUACAGUCUAUUCGAAAUCGUGCCGGCCAGUGUGGCGCGAUAUGUGGCCUCGGUGCGAACUGCGGGGAAGACGGAUGAGCAGACCGUCCUGGGAAGGUCCACUGCGAGGACGUCUGCUAAUUCGUCUAUGGUGGCAUAUCAUAAUAUGUUGGGUGAGGGUCAACCUAUCGCUGCAUACGAAGAGUUCGCGGGAUACGCCUUAUAA